AUGCUCCGACGGCUACUCAUACAAGCCUACGGCAACUGGUCGCAACGGCUGUCGUUGAAGGAGGCUCCUCAGAAAAGAUCCGUGAGAUUCCUCCCUGAGUUUUCAGCUGGAGGUCGAAACUAUUCCGGCGAUCUCUACAAACGGGACCCAGAUACCGGCCUGGUAAUGGGGCUGGUACAUGUUGAGAUUCUCAAAGGUGGGUGGGAAAUGGAGGCGCCGCAUCAGCCGGUUGUUGGGAUUGCCCGUCACGGUACGCCCGCUCUCCGCCGUGUCGCGGGCAAGAAUGAGGUCCUCGACGACCGUCUCGUCGUCCCGGUCCGGCACCACAUCUUGCUCGGCUACCAGGGCGUUCUUCUCAUCCUUGAUUUUGAAGGAAGGGAAGGAAGGAUCCGGCGACCUGGUUUCAUGUGGAUGUCGAUCUGGGCAGCCGCUAGUCGCCACGGCUUAUCUUGGUAG